AGUAAGGUUUUGAAAGGUUGAAUUUCUUCCAACAAAAAAAAAAAAAAGCAUGAAACUCGGUCAAACAAAUUGUUGAUCUGCCUUGUUUCUCUUGUUACCAUUUAUUUAAACCCCAUUUCUCGAUAUCAUCAGAUCAUUCAUUAGCAUCGCAGUUUUCUUUUCUCUAAUUUAUCUUAGAGAAACUACUGCAUUUCUUUUGAAUCACUUGAUUCCCUCUUCUUUUUUUAUAUCAAUCAACCAAAGUAAAACAAGCCUAAACCUACCGAUACCCAAAGAAAGAUGGCCCGCCAAGUUAUCGUUGUUGCCCUUAUUUUCAUGGCUGUUGUUGGCGCAUUUGUUGCCGACGCAGCACCCUCACCAGCCCCUUCACAAGCCCCUUCUUCCUCACCUUCUGGAGCUCCUGCUGGUGGCCCCAUCAGCGCUAGCCCUAGCGAGGGCCCCUCUGCUGAAGGAUCCGAGGCUGAAGGACCCGAUGCUGAAGGACCCGAUGCUGAAGGACCCGAUGCCGAUGGACCCGAUGCUGAAGGACCCGAAGGUUAAUGACACAAUCUUUGGCGGUGGGUCAUGAUCCAUGCACCGGUUGCGGCGUGACAUAGGGACUGGAACCACGGCGCUGACGGUGGCUUCUGGAACAACGCAAUUUGAAAAGGCGCGUCUUUUAGGAUGGUUGCGGCACCUAGGGUUUCUCAUACCCGUAUUCUGUUAACAUCUUGGGCCGUUUGGGCUUUGUGUGCUUUGGGUCGAGGGUGUAAAUGGAUCUGCUGGGUAAUUUUAGGCUUGCUAGGUUGUAACCGAGCAUAAGGUUUAGGCCAAUUGAUUUUGGGCCUACGGGUUAGUGGGCCAUGUAUUGUAAAUGGACUGUAAUAAACAUUUAUUUGUUUAUCUUU